AUGCUUCGUACAGGCAGAUAUACAACUCGACUAACGAGUUCCUUGUUAAGACGUAAUCUUGCAACUGUUGUCGAUUCUCCGCCUGUACAAAUAUCGAAGACAAAAGCUGGCCUUAAUGUAGUCAGUGUAGGAGGUCACAUAAUAACUGAGAUAAUUAACAUUAAUAAAGAUGUUGCGCCCGCUUCAUCUCUGGCUAUUGUGGUGAAGGCUGGCCCGAGGUUUGAGACGUCCGAGAACGCUGGUGUGGCACAUUAUCUGAAAAACUUUGCGUUUAAGAAAACAGCCAAACGCAGCGAACUACGUCAAAUCCGUGAAGCUGAACUCUGUGGUGGAGUUUUAUCCGCAAAUCUGACACGAGAAUAUUUGAUCCUUUAUGCUGAAUUUCUACGGGAAGAUCUUCCUUUCUUUGCGGAACUUUUAUCCGAUGUUGUUACAAAGACAAAGUUUACGCCGUGGGAAUUUUCUGAAAUUCGAGAGAAAAUACAAUUUGAAAAGGGCACAGCAGAUAGCAUUCCAGAGGUCUCUGCCUUGGAAUCCGCCCAUAAUGUCGCAUUUCGGAACGGUUUAGGAAAUUCCUUGUUUGCUAAUGAAAUCUCAAAAGUAUCAAAUGUAGAUGUAGUGAAGUCGUUUGCAGAUAGAGUAUAUACCGCGGAUAACGUGACUGUUGUAGGAACUGGAGUUGGUCACGAUCAACUGAAGUCUUUAGCAGAAGAGUAUUUACAUGAUCUACCGACCGGGACUGCCGUUCCUCCGACCGCUACUCAAUAUUUCGGCGGUGAGGCGAGGAUUACCAGUUCGUUACCUGAUGCUCAUUUUGUAUUGGCAUUCCCCGGAGCAUCUGCUGGAUCGUCCGACUUUGCCUCUUUACAAGUCCUACGUUUUCUUAUUGACGGUGAUAAGCAUACCAAGUGGGGCGAAGGCGUCUCUCCUUUAGCAAAGACCAUCAGUAAGUUGGGACACGGCACUAAAGUUAGUAUGUUCAACGCCGGGUACUCCGACGCAGGGUUAUUCGGUGCGUACAUAUAUGGAUCACCAAAGUCGGUUAAUGCCACUGCAUUGGCGGCAGUAGAGCAAUUGAAGAUUGCGACAGAGACAAUUGGGAAGGAAGAUUUACAAAGAGCCGCGGCUAAGGCUGCGUUUGAAGCAGCAGCAUCUUUUGAUAGUCGGUCUGCUAAAGCGGAAAUAUUUGGUAGUCAGGCCCUGUAUGGUAAGAAUAGUUCCAUCGCUAGUGCUAUAGAGCAAAUUAAGAAUAUCAAGGUUGAAGACGUUCGGAAUAUCGCUCAGAAGACCAUCAAGAGCAAGCCAACUGUCAUAGCUCUCGGUGACACCCAACAACUUCUUUUUGCUGAUGCUCUAUCAAUUUGA